CCCUCUUCCACUUCUUCCUCUUUCGAUUUACUCUUUUAUUUUGAUAUUUUCCACGCACAUCCACCAGUAUCGAGCCAAUAUUAUCAGUUAGAACGCGUCCGUGCGCAUCCCGAAUCAGGGAACGCGUCGUGUCUACUGGAACACGUGACAGCACGGUCAUGUUAUGCAGACGUGAUGACAUGACUAUGACACCGUAACAAUGUGACACUGAGACCCCGACUCUGCAUCACGAUCAUCCUUUCCUAAAACAGACCAUGUCCUUUGUUGUCGACCUUAAUGGGCCCUCCGGGAAAGCAAACAUCAGCGCCCGUUUCAAUGCGUCAUACCAACGAAACCCCGCAUCCCCGAACGCCAACGUGCUUUUUGCUCGGCGCCCCUCCUGAUACUCUAGUCCUCGCCUGCCCGGUCACUUGAGUGUUCACCCCAACUUCUUGGACCUUGGCAUCUCCACGUUGUAGCCAUCCACCCUGACUUCCUUCCGGCCAAUCGUCAAUGCCCAAGACACUCGUGUACUACUGCUCCGGACAUGGUUUCGGGCAUGCGACACGCGUCUCCGCGCUUGCCAGUCAUCUGUUGCGUCUACCUGGCCCGGCGCGCCCCGUGAUCUACAUCGUUUCCUCCGCGCCGCAGCACGUGUUCACCGACGCGGUGUCUCUCGGCGCACACUACCGCUCCGCGUUUAUCGAUCCGGUGAUCGUGCAGCCGCUUGCCUAUUGUGUGGACAGGCAGAGGAGUGUGGAUGGCCUAAAAGCGUUCAUGGAACGGGAAGCGGAGAUGGCGGAGAGAGAGGUUCGCUGGCUGAAUGCGGUUGGCGCUCAUUGCGUAUUAAGCGACGCAGCAUAUCUGGGGUGUCUCGCUGCAACGCAAGCCGGCCUGCCCUCCAUUCUCGUCACCAACUUCACUUUCGAUUCUGUGUACAGCUUUCUGUCGACCACGAUUACCGAGGCGCCAAUGACAACCAGCGAUGAGACGCAUCCUGCGACCGAACACCUCAGAGCACUGGAAUCGGACACGCCGAUACCGCGUGAAGAAUUAGAGCCGCUGGUGCAACGGAUACAUCGGGGCUAUCGCUGUGCCGAUCUGCUGCUUCGACUUCCAGGCUACAUUCCAAUACCCUCUUUUGCGAUGGAACCGAAGCUGCCCUCCUCCGACUGGGUCGAUCCUGCGUCGAACCAGUUCCGCGAGGAGAUCCUUGCUUCCCUGGAUCAUAAUUCCUCCACUUUAUAUCCUUCUGUACCCUCUACUUCCACGAAACCCGCACGCCAGGUUCUCGAUGCUCCGCUUCUCGUCCGUGCUCCCUCUGAGUCGAUCUAUACAUCGUCGGGGAGAGCGAAUUUCCUCAACUCUAUUGGAAUUCCCGAGCAUCUACACAGCUCGAAGAUUUUGGUCGUCUCCUUCGGUGGGCAGAUCUUCCGGCGGCCCCACAGCAGGGCGGGUACGCCUUCACAUAGCCGACACGCCAGCCGCGAUCUGACGCCUGAACCGCCGCACGCCCAUCACCUGCGACUCGAGAUUCCGCCCCCGACGCCCGACCACGAUCACGGAGACCAUGUGUUCAGCUCGCCCCGCGUUGCCACGGAGUCGCAUCUGUGGAUCCCCGGCGCCCCGCCCGCGUUGAAGCGCGAUGGGACAGCGACGAGUCCGACGUCACCCGUGGUGCGGGUGUUCAGUCCCCCGGAGGACGAGCAGGUGGAUGAAGAGCAGUCGGCGCUCCUCCUUCCCGACGAUUCCUGGAUAGCCGUCGUCUGCGGUGUGUCGAAAGACCAGUGGAAUGCCGAGAACGCGACAGACUCGCUGCUGCCUGACGGAUUCUACAUUGCGCCUCGAGACGUUUACAUGCCUGAUUUGACGGCGGUCGGCGAUGUUCUCCUUGGGAAGCUGGGCUACGGCACCGUUUCCGAGUGUGUCGACUCGAGUACGCCUUUUGUCUAUGUAUCGCGCCCGCUGUUCAUUGAGGAGCACGGCCUGCGCCGGCUAUUGGAGCAGCAAGGCGUUGGCAUCGAGCUGAUGCGCGAAUCAUACGAAGCCGGAGAUUGGGCUGGUGCCAUCGGAGAAGCGUAUAGACGAGGAAGCAGGGCGAAAUCCAGUCGACGUUUGGAUGGGCUAGAAGGUGUCCAAAGACGAAAGCAAGAGGGCCGAAGGAUGGCAGAACAGAUUAUACAAUGGAUUCGCUAG